AUGGAGCCUUUGCCAAGCUUUGGUGCGAAAUUUGAGUCUAGGCGUCCGUCGCCUCCCACCGGGGGAGGGGGGCAACGUUUCGGUCUUACUACUAGAUCUGACCAAAACCAGUUUGUUGAAAUUGCUUGUGACGGAGCUGGAUUGGAAAUGGAUGUGGUGACACAACAACCACUCCUUACCAAAUCAUCCGCACCUCAACCCUUAAUAUCUUACCCUGAAGGGGAGUCAAGAGCAUCAGGUGGCCUUUUCUCCAUGCUUGGUGCAUGCAUCUUGGGUAUAUGUUUUAUCAUAUUCUUCUUCCCGUUCGGUUGUAUUGGUUUCAUGUUCUAUCCAUGUUGCAGUCUGAAAGGAAGAGGAAAGUUUUUAGGAAUAUGGCGAUCAUGUUUCCAACAGUGUUGCUGUCGAUGUGAUUGCGUUUCACCUUUAACACUUUACCAAGCUAUGUUGCGAUAUGAAGAAGAUCCGUUAAUGUCUUCACAGGACCUUAUAACAUCUGUGAGAAAAAACAAAUUCAUGAUUGCCAUCUUAGAAACGCUGACUACGCAACUUCCAAGCUUCUUUUUCACUUUCUUACCAUCUGGUAGUUUGAGAGAGAGAUUUGGGAAACUGUUGCCGUCUUCAAGUGUAUUGGCUUCUGAUUAUGACAUCAUGCUUGUUCCUGAUGCAGUAAUCGUGGGUGAAAAUGGAGUGUCCGGUGAAUCCCCGUCACCAGUGUUUCGUGCCCUACGUGCACCAAAAGAGCAUUCUGAGGGAUACCUUUGGUUAAAGUUGGAAGAUAAAUAUCUUUUGCAAUGGGAGAAACAUUGUUUGCGGCGGCAUAUUGACGGUGAAGGGUGCAGUUUAUUAUCCAGUACAAAUAUUCACGAAGUUAUCUCUCAUGUUUUAAGUAAUUCAAAGGAAAUUACUUCAGCAGUUGAACAACGGUAUUGCGCGUUAGGAAAAGACACAAGAGUGACGUUGGAACGAUCGGGUCCGGCGAUGACGUUAAAAGUCGGUACUUUGACAAAGAAUAAAUUAAUGUUCUGUGGGUGUACGUGCAGUUCAGAAGUAAGAGAAAGGUUACUGUUUCAUGCUGAUUUUACACUGGCACUUCAUUGUUCGUACUGGCCAUCAGAGGCAAUGGGCUUCUUCGACAACAAUCGAAGACGGAAUUGGCCUCCUCAGGAAGCUGUUAAUACAAUUCGCCGAUUAGGCAUUCAUGUUGUACCGAAGCAAUCGACCAACGAGCUGGUGAAGCUAACAUUAGAACAAGCAGAGUAUACAACAUAUGGAAGAAGUCCAGGUUUGGAAUGGAGAUAUUCAUUCAGUCAAGCUGAAAUUAUUUUGUCUGAUCACAUACCGCAUCAGGCACGAACAGCAUACCUUGCUUUCAAAGCUAUAAAUAAACGCCAUUUGAAUCGAAAAGGACGACCAAUGGGAAGUUAUGUGCUAAAGUGCAUUUUGCUUUCAGUGGUGGAAGAGAAAGGGAUUGAAUUCUGGGAAGGAAAUAACGAAGAAAUCACUGCAGAAGUACUAGUGGAAAUGCUGAAUCUUUUAAAGCAUUAUUUCGAACAACAAAGAUGUCCUAAUUAUUGGCUUCCGAAUGCAUGCUUAUUUGCUGGCUCGUUAACCGGAAGCGAUAUUAUCAGAAAAGAGCGAUUACUCGCUGAAAUAUUGCAAUCGCCGAAGGAAUACAUAGCUGAUCAGUGGUUAGAAUACACAAGAUGUCUACGAGUCAAUUGUUGUUAUUGUGGUUCAACUGGAUGGAUUCCUCAAUUUAUCGAAUCCGGUGAAGUAGAUGACAUGCCAAUGGAGCAUGCAAAUUUUUGUUGCUCGUGCAACUAUAAAUAUAAGGAUCGUGGUCCACUUUGCGGUGGUGCUUGUGACGCAGGACAAGACAUGUUGGUGUACUAAAUAUUCCAUAUAGGAUUGAAAGAGGCUGGUAGAAGACUAAGUGGGAAACCUAUGCUAAAACUAAAUAAAAAAAAUUUGUAUUACAAUAAUAUUUUACAUUUAUAGUGUGACGUGGCGGAAGACUUGGCCACAUUUUUGAGAUUUUGUCAAUUAAAGAGUUUUUACUGUGCUAAAGGAACAUAGGAGGCGAACAUAAACAAGGUGUGGGGUGGAUAUUUUAAGGAAAGCCUUUAUGGUUAAGUUUUUUCAGUUAAGUGACAGUUAAAUUGCAAUGCAAUUUUGUUUUUAUUCAGUCUCAGUAUAUCGAAAUUGUCCGAAGGAAAGAAUCAGUAAACAAGUUGAAUGCUUCGCUUAACUGAAUAAAUUAAUAAAUAAAGGCUGGAAUAGGCAAGCAAGGUUGUUGAAAAGAAAUUAAAAUUUUGAUUUGGGAAAGAGAGGAUGAUUAUUUCGUGCCUUAGAGUAUUUGCAUAAAAUUUCCCUUUCAUUCUCCAUAUUUUCAGAGACCUUGAUCAUGUAAGUAAGGAGUGAUUUUUGCAACAUAUAUUUUUCUUUUAUUUUCAUACACCAUUUAAUAAACAUUUUAGUCAUUUUUCAUUUCACUUCGUUUCGCUUUAUACUUAAUAAAAACAUUUAUUUACUAAAUGAGUAUAGAUUUUUGCAAUGUUUAUUCACCUAAUUAUGUGGUGUUGUUUGUAAGAAUACACACAUUUAGCAUAGCUAUCACUUUUAUGACAUACCCGUAAGGAAAGUUUGUAAAAUAAUUCCUGAAUUAAAGUAAUC